AUGAAGAUCCGCAGUUUCCUCACCGAAGGCAUCACCUUCCUCCUUGUUGCUCUUGUGUCGCUCAUGUUGAUACCCAAGGGAGCGAUGCUGGUAACCGGCGUCGAGUCGCCGGCGAUGGUGGUUAUAUCGGGGAGCAUGGAGCCGGCGCUUAAGAAGGGUGACAUGGUGUUUGUGCACAACAUGAGCAACGAACCUAUCCGAGAAGGAGAGAUCGUUAUUUUCAGAGUUCCCGGCGGUGAGCAUCCAAUCGUCCAUCGUGUGAUCAAGGUUCGUGAGCUCCGUGACACUGGAGAAAUUCAGAUCCUCACUAAAGGGGACAAUAAUUCAGUGGAUGACCGAUUCCUCUACGCAGACGGGCAGCUGUGGCUUCAGCCGCAGGACAUUAUCGGACGGGUUGCAGGCCAUCUGCCGUAUGUUGGAUGGCCUAAUGUCUUCAUCAUCGAAACCUUUAAGCCAGGUGAGGCUGGCCAUACUGAGAUCCCACCGCUUCCCACUUCCCACGGCUUCCCAAAAAAACGCCCAGACCUCCAGACUGCUCUCUUCCUCCCCAUGGCCGCCGCCAGCAUUUUCCCUACCGGUUGCAGCUCCCUCCUCCCCCUCCUUGGUAGCUCUGGCCUCUUCUAUCUCCCGAUACAGAGGAGCUGGGAGCCCUCCUCUCUUUCCCCGAACCCCUGCACCUCCAGCCGUGUCAUGGUGCAGCCCCAUCUGAGAGGAACCAGCGUGGGGGCCAUGGAGGCAUCGACGACGCGUGUGCUGCGGUCGGCGAGGUCCAGGCUUGGCGGGGUUGGCGCUGGUGGACGGAAGUGA